UGAAGACAAAAUGGCGGCAGUGACAGGAGCUUCAAACCCUUCAAAUCCAGUGGUGUUUUUCGACAUUUCAAUAGGAGGACAAGAUGUGGGACGGAUGAAAAUGGAACUUUUUGCAGACGUUGUCCCCAAAACAGCUGAAAAUUUUAGACAAUUUUGCACAGGAGAAUACAGAAAAAACAACUUACCAGUUGGAUACAAAGGAGCAACAUUUCACCGAGUAAUCAAAGAUUUUAUGGUACAAGGAGGAGAUUUCAUGAAGGGUGAUGGUAGUGGUGUAUUUAGUAUCUAUGGUGAGCAAGCUUUUCCAGAUGAAAAUUUCAAAUUAAAGCAUGACGUUGGUGGCCUUCUAUCAAUGGCAAAUAGUGGUCCCAACACAAAUGGAUGUCAAUUUUUCAUAACGUGUGCCAAAUGUGACUUCUUGGAUGGAAAACAUGUUGUAUUUGGGAAACUCAUCGAUGGGCUUCUGGUCAUGAGGAAAAUAGAGAAUGUUCCAGUUGGUCCCAACAACAGACCAAAGCUGCCGGUCGUAAUAUCCCAGUGCGGUGAGAUGUAGGUACAGUAUUCAAUAAGACAUCCCAUUGUAAGACAGACACUUACCAUGUAGACUUCAUAUACUGGCGUUCAAACCCUACCACGCUAUAAGGCAUCUGCUUGAGACUGCCUUAUUUCCAAGGGUAAGAUCUAGAGUUCUUGUUUGAGCAAGAUAAAAAUGUACUCGCUGAGAGGUCUGUUUCAUACUAACAUGCUGGAAGUGUAGAACGUGAGCGAAACAUGUACAGUAAUUAAACUAUCUACUGUUCAUUUUUUUAUAAAAUAACUGUUAAUGUUA